AUGCGUCCGCUGCUCUCUGCCCUCCACCGCCCCACCAUCCGACAUUUCCCCUCUCGAGUAUUUGCUGCGACCAUGAGCACCUCUGCAACUGCUGCCAAGGCCGAUGCCGCCCUGUACAAGUGGGCCAGCAACGACGGCGAGUUCCGACGACAGGUCUCCAGCUUCCGAAGCGCUGUCCAGAGGGACUCGCAGCAGUAUCCCGUCGAAAAAGAUCGCUACCAUGUCUACAUCUCCAAGGCCUGCCCCUGGGCUUCGUCCGUCUACAUGACCAUCCUCCUCCUGGGUCUCACGGACUCCAUCACCAUCACCACGGUUGAUCCCGUUAUGCCCAAGGACGGCUGGUUCUUCUCCAACUUCCCCGGCUCGGAUCUGGAUCCCAUCUUCAACGCCGAGAACCUGCGCCAGAUUUACCACACCGUCCUGCCCGACUAUCAGGGCCGCUAUACCGUCCCCAUCUUUCUGGACAAGGCGACCAAGACCAUCGUCAGCAACGAGAGCAUUGAGAUCAUCAAGUUCUUGAACUCGGAGUUUGGCGCCUUGCGAGUCAAUCCCUCGGUCGACGACCUCUAUCCCGAGUCCCUCCGUGCCGAGAUUGACGAGAUGAACCAGUUCAUCUAUGACAACAUCAACAACGGCGUCUACAAGACCGGAUUUGCCACCGCCCAGGCUGUCUACGAGAACCACUGCAAGAAUCUGUUUGAGUCUCUCGACAAGGUCGAAGCCAUCCUCAGCAGCCAAGAGUUCCUCGUUGGUGGCCGCUUCACUCUUGUGGAUCUGCGUCUCUUUGUGACCAUCAUCCGCUUCGAUCCCGUAUACCACGGCCACUUCAAGUGCAACCUCAAGCUCAUUGAAAAGUCCUACCCCAACAUCGUGCGCUGGGCACGCCAGAUCUACCAGACCUAUCCCGUCAUCGACAAGUCGAUCGAUAUGGUCCACAUCAAGGCACACUACUACAAGAGCCACAUCCAGAUCAACCCCAACCAGAUCGUUCCGCUGAACAACGGCAUGGAUCUGACCGUCCCGUACAAGUAAAGUGCGGAUGCGGCACCGGGACUCGCCGCUCCUGAGCUUGGGGCCUCAAGAGUAACCGUCACAGCAGCCUCGUCCCGAUGGGCUGCGAAUGCGAGCCCAUGAUCCGUUGUUGCGAUCCGUUGUUGCGAUCCGUUGAUGUGAGUUGUGAUCUGUUGUUGCGAUCCGCUGUUGCGAGCCGAAUACAACUCAGUAUCUGUCCA